CUGAUACAGAGAGUCACAGAGGCGGAUCCUGCGCCGAGGAUGUCAGCGAACAGAUCUUCUCCAACCUCAGCGCAGAACUGGAGCGAGGAGGCAGCCGGCACCAGGAGGACAGCGCAGGCGGCACCACUCCGAGCAUGUGAGCCGGACCGAUAGUGCCAGGGGGCACCUCAAUGGAGGAACAUGGUGAACGCACGACUUCAGGAAGAUCUCAGGAUUUAGGAAGAAGAUUGCCUGGGCUGUCACCGGCCAUUCAUUCAGCUGCACAGCAAACUGGAGCUGGAGUGACUUGUGUGGCAGUUUGAGGUCGGCAUGAUUGCCACUGGAGGUCUUUUGAGGAUCUCUGCACGAAAACAAGAUCCUCUCAGACCCAAAAACCAAGGUCCGAAGAGAAAGCGGAAAGCAAAAAGGAAGCGCAAAAACGAUGUGGUGGUAGUAAAAGGCAAACUUAAACUUUGCUCUGUGUCUGGAUUAAUUGCCCUGUUUGGAAUUUUGGUACUUUUGUUUGGAAUAGCCAUGGCUGUUAUGGGAUAUUGGCCAAAAAGCAGUUCUGUUUAUCAUGGCAGCCUAGGGACAAAUCAAGCCAAACUUUCAUCAGGUGAUAUAAAUAUUAUCAGUACAAAUUCAAGCCAAUCAUGGAGCCAUCACAACAGUCAAGGAGCUAAUCAGAAUGCCUUCAAAGUAAGUGACACAAACCUAACAAGAAGCCUUCAGCAAAAAACAUCACCUGGAUUUCUUGCAGGUCUGUUCUCUGGAUACUUGCACUCGGAUAAUCUUAAAGUUUUUGGUCCUCUAAUAAUGGGCAUUGGAAUAUUUCUAUUUAUUUGUGCUAAUGCAGUUCUUCAUGAAAACAGAGACAAGAAAACAAAGAUCAUCAACUUGAGGGAUCUCUACUCUACAGUGAUUGAUGUUCAUGGCAUGAAAUCUAAAGAUGGAGUUCCUUUAAAUGGGUUUGUUAAUUAUGUGCAAUCUCGGAGCAUGGAUAUAAAAGGUGGUGACACAUUUGGGGCUGCAAUGUUGGCAAAGAGCUCUUGGAAUUCUGCUCUUGGUGGACCAAUUUCUUUCUCUCCUCCUAAUCUAAGGGAAGCAAGGACGUCUUCUCCUAAGGUAUAUAGACACCCUACUGAGCAAAUAAACAUGAACGAGGAGGUAUAUAGUAUUUACAGGGAGAGGUCCAACUCUGCUUUACCUUUUGACAGAAUUUCAGGGAGAGAUGAGGGUAAUGAUUCCUUGUCUGAAUCACCUGACCUAGAAUGGGGUAGGAAUAGAACGUGUUCCAUAGUCGGUCAUUCCCUCAGUGCUUUUACGCUGCCUAUUGUCAAGUUAGAUAGUUGUCUCUUGGAGAAGAAAGAAGAUCACGGGGAAGGAAACGAAAGUGCCAAAGACGUAUCCCAGGGAGAGAUUGAAUUAAGUUUGACCAAUUUUAGUCAUGCAGACUUAAACUGGGAAAUUCCCAAAACCCAUAGAAAAUUACCUUUUAGGCGCCAGAGCACAAGCUGUCUGCCUGACUUCAGGAGACCAAUGUCACCUGGGCGACUGUCAGAUUUGGGUAGCCAGUCAUUAAGUAGCACAGACUUAGACUGUAGCCUUUUGGUGAGAGGUUCUCCAUUUGGCAAAACAAAACCUGCUGUUCUUAUGGAUUCUCUUAACACAGCGCCAUUGAUAAGAAGAGAUUCCCAAAGUUCAGGGUCUGACCAAUCAAGCAAUAAGGGCUACAUUCAUCUUGAGGAGGCAGGAACCUCCUUUGAGUCUAUAGACACCUCAGCCAAUAAAACUCAAGACUGUGAUGAAACAGAGGUUAUAGACAUUGAAAUUCCUUCGGAAGAUACCAGCACAGAACAACACGUAGAACAGAAGCAGUACACUAAUAAAGAAAAACUGUUGAUGCUGUCCAGGUCUCACGCUAAGUCUGGUGAUGAUGAGGAUAUAGAUAACACAAGUAUUUAAAGCACACAUUGAAAUUUGUCCAUAGUUUGUUCUGGAACAUGCUGUAUUACAGGGAACUUGCCAAUAUCCAAAGAUCUGCAGUGUCAACAGUUUUAGUAUGUAUUGAUAACCAUCACCAACACCUGAUUGUAACUGUAUGUAUGACUGAAACCAAACUGUAUUAAUAAACGGUAAAAUAGCCCAUCUUUAACUUUCAGUAUGAAUCAGAUUAUUUUUAACAGUAACUGUGCAAUUCAUUUUUAGCUACAGUAGAUAUUUUUUUUCCUGCUGAUGGCAUGUCAGUAAUUGCUCGGUUAUGGCGAUUUAGUUUUGGCUUACUGAAAUGCUAAGGCAGCAAGUCUGCCUGCAUAGUGAUAAACUGAUUUAUUUUUUAAUAAACUGUUUUAGAGGUUUUAUCUUUUCUUUGGUAACAGAAUAUUCAAAUUAAGUUUAAAGAGACAGAAUAUUCAAAUACAUUUUAAAGACAAAGGAAAUCAAUUGAGUUUGCUCCUGUGGGACUGUUAGAAUUUUAUUUUCAAAUAAUUAAACAUUUUCUGUAAUACACUGUUUUUAUUGGAUGUUAUGGUUAUUAAAUGACUAAAAGCAUCAUUAUUAUUU